UAGAAGUAGAUGAAAAGAAGUGUGGACCGAAAGCUCUUUCAUCACACUUCUUAUCAACCAUUUGAUCCUUUAUGGCUUUUGUUGGAUUUAUAUCUCGGAAAGGAAUGAACGAAUCUUCUUUCCACAAUAUCCAAGGAGAAAAGAAGAAAAUGACGACACACAUGAUCCGAAUCUUCUUCAUUCAACAAGCAAACAAGUUCUCAUAAAUAAAAAGAUCAGACUUGUGAUCACAAACAUGGCAAAUGGAGAAAGAUUGGAUUUUUAUUUUCAUUUCUAUUUACGGAUUCGAUAAGAUCUUAUCUAGUAAUCCAUCUAUAUUUUCUCUCUCUAUCAACUGUGUCAUAGGUAAACAAAUGGAAGAGAUUGGUUUCAUUUUCCCUUAUCUGCUCCGCAAGAUUAUGUUGUGGUAGUUUUAUCCUAUGGAUUACGUAUGCAUGGAUAUCGACUUGCCCAUCUAUAUUAUGGUGUUCAUCUCUUUCUGCCUUACCUGCACCGUGUGUGUUUGUGCGCCAUGGCUUUUCCUCAGGUGCUACCUCCCAUCGCGUCAAUCUUCAUCAGCUCGCUGCUGCUCCAGCUCGCAGCGGCAUCUGCUCCUUGCGCCUUCCCGGCCAUCUUCAACUUCGGCGACUCUAACUCCGACACCGGAGGGCUGUCCGCCGCCUUCGGCCAGGCCCCGCCGCCCAACGGAGAGACGUUCUUCCGGAAGCCGGCGGGGAGGUACUGCGAUGGCCGCGUCAUCAUCGACUUCAUCGCAAACAGCUUGGGGCUUCCUCGUCUCAACGCGUAUCUCGAUUCGAUCGGGACCAACUUCUCCCACGGAGCAAACUUUGCGACGGCGGGGUCGACGAUAAGGCCACAGAACACGACCUUGUUCCAAUCUGGCUUCAGCCCUUUCUCCUUGGACGUGCAGACCUGGCAGUUCUCUCAGUUCAAGUCUCGGUCUCAGUCAUUUCUCGAUCAAGGACUGUUCAAGGAUCAACUGCCCAAGAAGGAAUACUUCUCUCGAGCUCUGUACACCUUCGACAUUGGGCAAAACGAUCUCACAGCAGGCUACUUCAGCAACAUGACAUCGGAAGAGGUCAAGGCAUCCAUCCCAGAUAUCGUCGACAAGUUCAGCAUGGCUGUAAAGAGUAUCUACUGGGGGGGAGGAAGGUUCUUCUGGGUGCACAACACGGGACCUUUCGGUUGUCUCGCUUACGUUUUGGACCGCCUCCUCCUUAGGGCACCCGAGGUCGAUCGAUUCGGCUGCGGGUCGCCCUUCAACGAGGUCGCGCAGCUCUUCAACACGAAGCUCGAGGAGGCCGUCGCCCAGCUGCGGGAGGAUCUCCCGCUUGCCGUCUUCACCUUCGUAGAUGUCUACUCCGUCAAGUAUGAGCUCAUAAGCCACGCGACCAAGCACGGGUUUGAGCUGCCGCUUGUUGCUUGCUGCGGCCAUGGCGGCAAGUACAACUACAACGCGAAUAAUGGCUGCGGGUCGACGAUCACGGUGAACGGUACCGAGGUUGUGAUUGGGAAAUCAUGCAAGGAUCCAUCGAAGAGGAUCAUUUGGGAUGGAGUUCACUACACGGAGGCGGCAAACAGAUGGGUGUUCGAUCAAAUAGCAGAAGGGAAGUUCUCAGUUCCACAUACUCCUUUGAGAAUGGCGUGCAAAGAGAGGGCUCUUUGAGCUGCUAUAAGGAACACACAAUAAUUAACCUCUCUCAAUUUUCUUUAUGCAAAUGAAUGGGUUUAUUGUGGGACAGAUCCAGCAAUUAUUGCACGAAGCUAAGGUUCAUCAGAUUCCAUGUGGGAAUCUUCAAGAA